UUAAACGCCUACCAGAAAUGCACCUAUAUUACUUCCAAUAAAUUCGAAGUGCCUGCCAUAACGGAUAAAUGCUCACCAAAUUGUGUAUCACAAAAUAUUCUAGAAAUAAAGCUAUUUUGCUUUUUAUUACAUUCUAUAAAAAUAAAUACACACCUUUAAAGUCAAUUUGAGUCCAAAUUUUGUAAAUUAUCGCUAAGGAGAUGUUACCAAUAUUUUAUUUUAUUACUUUCAUUUUAGUUAUCUAUGCUGAGGGAAAAAAUUACAGUCAACCGCAAAUAUUUUUUUCAUACCAAAUAUAAUAUUGAUUACACCAAACACAAGUUACAUAAUUAAUGCAUUAUGCAUUUAAUUAUAUAUUUUUAUGCAGUUACAUAAUUACUUUGUUGUCAAUUAUUGCAACACAUAAUGACUAAGGUAUACAAUGAAACAAACCAUUGGUAGAUGAGGAAAUAAAAAAUCUAAAUUAAAACAGAAAUUUUAUUAAAGUGUUCAUAAGAUUAAUUUAAGAAUAAUCAAUGGCACUUCAAAAGGAACACAAUAAUUACAGUCUUAUACAAUCUUAUCUUAUAAGAUUAAUUUGUACUUAAAAAUAAUCAAUGGCACUUUAUAUUUUACGUAUAUAUAACGUUUAUAUUACGUAAUCUUAGCUUGACCAUAAUAUAUUUUGGAUUUUGGUUACAUAAUUUGAUUACAAUAAAGCAAAUUUGAACUGUACAUUUUGGUAUCAAUGUUACUGUUUUAGUGAAACAAUAUUUGAUUCAAAGCAGAGUGAGCUCUCAUGUGGAUACAGUUCAGUUGCCGGCGGUUGGUGGAGACCUAGCUGUUCCAAUGUGAUCCUUGUAGAUUUGUCUGGUCCUUUGGUCAGCCUCAGGUCCUCAGCAUGGGCGCGAGGCGAGGCGAGUCCACUCUGGCUCCGGAGUUGUGCGCGCCACUGCUACUCCUGUGCUGGCUUUGCUGCUGGAACGAUGAUACUAAUUCAGACUCUUCUAGUACGGGCAAACCUCCUCGAAAGCCAGCCAGCCAUGAUUCAGGGUCACACCGACGCGCGAGUGAGUUCUUCAGUCGUCGUUUUGGCAGCAGCGCAGUGUCCCUGCACUUGCCAAGCACUUCAGGAAGCACCAAACAGCCACUAUCAGCACACAGAAGCCACGAGGAGAUUCCGAACCGCAGGAAAUCUCAUCACGAAAUCAAAGACGAGGUAGAAGCCCGAUACCACUCCGCCCCUAGCGUCAUCGAUGAAGUGAUACACAGACGGGACUGGGAACGGUCCACACGAGAUCUACACAUACCUCUUAAUCCAGACUCAGAAAUCUGUCUAUCAGAUGUCAGCCUGACACCUGAAAGAGCUCCUAAAGCUGAACCAGAAUUAUCUUCAAACGAAGUUAUCAAUGACCAAAAACCCUGUAAGAAACACCACACUAACAUAAAAUCGUCAAAGAAAGCAAAAGAAAGCAUUGACGAUGAUAAAGACACUGACGCUACUGAAAUUGAAGUAUCGAAUUUUUAUAUAGGCGAAUCUAAAGAAGAUGAGUCGUUGUUAAGUAAAACUCCUGUCGGAGAUGAUUUUGAAUAUGAGAAAAUGGUAGCAGAAGAGAGGAACAAGGCGCUGUAUAAAGCCAAAGAGACUAAGCAGUCUUUUAAUGAAUCGAUUCGGUCUAAAGAUCGUCCGAAAUAUGCUUUGGUACCGUUGGAGGAAGGACAAGCGUCCAAUGUGUUUACUUAUUGGUUGGAUGAGGAUAUAGAUCAGAUUGACAGGUCGGGAGCGGUGCACCACACUGUUGAGUCUCGGAUGAGUAUCGGAAGGCCUUAUCCACCUCCCUCUGUUGAAGUCGUUGGCUACGACGGAGGCGCCUGCUACCUAGCAGAAGAGGGGUCAGAGUGUGACCUCCAUAACCGGCCAGUGGUCAGCAAUGUGGGCACUCUGAGAGCGAGGCACGCGAGCGAUGGUGACAUCCUGGCGCCACCAGUGAGGCCGGAAUCUGGUGCUUUCUCUGAAAGUGACCUGGACCUGGAUUUAGAAGAGAGUGAGGAGCGUCCUCCGGAGUACCACGAGCUGCAACUCUGCUCCGCUGACCACAAGGAGACUGCUAUUUAAAUCAAAGUUUAAAAAAAAUCAGCGGAGCUUAAAAAAUAAGCAACGGAAGACCGACUCAAAACAUAAGAAAAUCGGAAUUCAAAGUUUCGAAUGACUUUUUCUUUUUCAUCUCUUUCAAAUAGGCUAUUACACUCUUUUUUGAAAACUGUUUUAAAUCAAUCCUGAGACUGUGUUAUACCUAUAGAAUUUUUAUUAAAAUUUUUUGAAGCCGAAAAGUGCUCUAAAAACGAUUUAUUAUUUAUGAUUUUGUAUUUUCGCGCGAAAACGCCAUCCGCCAUGCUGUUUUGACUCGUGACGUCAUACUUUUAGUAAACAAUACGGCUCUACGUAAGACUAAAGUAAAAAGAUUUUUGUAAUAAUGAAUUACAAUACAUAUUGUUGGUGUCUUGUUCCUGAAUGCAAGAAUAUUAGUAUAAAAACACCAGAAAAAUUGUGGAUUCCACUGCCAAGUGAUAUUAAAAUGAGAAACACUUGGUUGAAAUUAGCAAGAAGAGAUCCAAAGGCAUUGUCUAUAAAAUUAUAUACAAUUAUAUAAAUUAUAUACAAUUAUAUACAAUUAUAAUUAUGUCUAUUAUAUACAAUAAAUACUUACAUCGCUGUUUUAACAUUUCUUAACUCAGCAGAACAGAAAUCGGGAUUGGACGCAAAAAAUUUCGCCACCAUCAACGUAUUAAUCCUCGGUAGAUUUAUAUUGUCUGCUUUCACAAAACCGUCUUCCAUGAUUCUAUUAAAUUAUUAAAGAGUAAAAACCCAAAAACGUGAUAGAAAUUUUAAAAUUUCAAAAUAAACAGAGCCUGACAUCAUCAAUAUGUUUUCGAUUCGAUAUUUGUUUACUAAAAGUAUGACGUCACGUCAGUACCCAACAUGGCGGAUAGCGUUUUCGACUUUUGAAGAACAGAUUAAAAAAGAGGAUUUUUUAAAUUGAAUUAUAAAAUCCAUAUUGCACUUUUAUGAAUAAUAA